AUGGCCACCAACCAACUCCCCAACCGACCCCCCAAACUGUCCUCCGCCACCGGCGGCGUGAAAAACACCGUCAAGGGAGGCACCGACGCAGUCGGCAAGACCACGCAAGGCGUCACUGACACAGCCGGAAAGACCACGCAAGGUGUCACUGACAAUGUCCUCCCCGGCGGGUUCCCGGGCGACGAGAACGACAUCAAGCAAGCCAAGGAGGAGAACCCGAACAACGGACCGAUCCUGGGUCCCAUCCGGCAGUGGAUCGGCCAGUCCAUCCCGCCGAUGCUCGAUCGCAUGGAGUCCUGGCUGACCUGGCUCUUGUCGUGGGUGCUGCCGGAUGCGCGCCAGGCGAAGCUGUACGAGGCGGCGGCCGAGCGACCGGCCAGUUCCACCUUCAUCGUCUGCCAACUGAUCUGCUGCGGCGUGCCGUUGCUAAUCUUCUUCGCGGGUGUGUUUAUUUUCGCGGCCGUGGCGAUCCUGCUGUGGGCAGUGCUGUCGCUGUUGAUUCUGGGACCGGUGCUCUUGGUCGCUAGCUUUAUGGGAUGCUCGCUGUGGGGAUGGGGAUGGUUAUUCUACGGGUUGAUCCGGUGGAUCGAUCAGACUUAUCUGGGAGGCAUUAUUUCGCGUUUCUGGUUCUCGAAGAUUCAGUCCGAAGGCGAUGAAAAGGAGGGAGAGAAGGAGGGAGAGAAGGAAGGCGAAAAGAAGGAGUAA